AAGCAGCAGCAGCAGUAGCAGAAGCUGCAGAAGCAGCCGCAGCCACGGUCACAGCCGCAGCCUGCCACUUUCGCAGAUGUUCCCCCCCCGCCAGCCCAAAAUGUGACAUUUUAGCAGCAGUUUGACCAUUAAGAGAGAUCCGAUCAUAGAACUCCACAGCAAUGGGGAUGUUUGAGUACACCGUUGGACAAGAAAGUUUAGCGACCGAGGCCACAGUGGCGGAGGAGCGUUUGGUGUGCACGGGCUUGAACAACCAGAGCUAUACCUGUGACUCUGGCCACUGCUGCGGAGAAACACAGUGCUGCAGCUACUACUACGAGCUGUGGUGGUUCUGGUUGGUGUGGACUCUGAUUGGCAUUCUGACCUGCUGCUGUUUGUGUCAGCACUGGCGCUCCAAACAGCGCUUCCAACAGCAGCGUCGGCAGAACGAGAUCAACCUCAUUGCCUACAGAGAAGCUCACAACAACUCUCAGGUUCCUCUCUACCUCAGAUUCCUACCCUCUUCUCUGUUGCCCGCCUAUGAUGAGGUGGUUGAGCGGCCAGCGACUCCCCCGCCUCCUUACACACCUGUCCUGGCAACACCUCUGCCGGCGCCAGCAGACGCACUUGAAGCACCUUGCCGCCGCCACCACCACCACGCGGCCACGAGCGUCCCAAGCGAUGCGGCUUGUCCCGGCGUACCAGAGACCCUGCUGCCCCACUCUCAAAGCACCAGCAAGGAUUCGAUGCAGGGCAGGUACCGGCGCUUCACAGGGGACUCUGGCAUCGAAGUCUUUGACGGCCAGGAGCUGUGGGAUCCGCUGGGGGGCUUUUUGCCAAGAGAAGAGGCGGAUGGCGGAAGGGGACAAACAGAGGAAGCCUGCGUCGGCUGCGCUUCCCGGGGAUGCGAGCACGCCGACGGUCGCGAUGGCCCGAGCCGCCGAAACACAAACGGACACGCCGCGGACCCACAGUGUCAUGGGUAAACAAUCAAGUAUGGAUACCGUAGGGAUGGAUGUGAAGUUGUUUUACAAAAAGUCUUUGACACUUUCAGGGUGAGUCAUCGAUUGUAGCCUUUUGUCGGUACGCUCGCAUUGCAAAGCUAUGCUGAGAUCUUUUUCAGGCAUCGUACGUGCUUUGCCACAGGUUCUAAAUUCGCCGCGAGCCAUUGCAUCACAGUUCAAUGGGAGUGCUCACGUGAGCUCAUUUUGUUUCAGGGAAAUGCAUUACGUAUGUAUUACAUUUUAUACAGUAGUUUCAAAAUAAAUCAUUAUUUACUU